AUGGAAACGCAAGGGAGAGCAGUCAUUCGCCGACUGGCUGAUAACUUUUCUGUUUAUUUUCUUCUUCUUCUUUUUCGUCUUCUUUUUUUUCUUCUUCUCUCUCUCUCUCUCUCUCUCUCUCUCUCUCUCUCUCUCUCUCUCUCUCUCUCCCAGGUAUCUGAUCCCUUUGGUAUUUUCUUUGCCUUUUAUAUUUUUCUAUUUCUCUCUCUUUUUCUCUCAAACGUAGUUGGUCUCUUUUUGUUUUCUCUUUACCUUUCUAUUUCUUUCUUUCUUUCUUUCUUUCUUUCUUUCUUUCUUUCUUUGAUUUGUACUAUCCCAUUUUGCCCUUUAUUUAGCCCCCUCUCACUCUCUCUCUCUCUCUCUCCAAUAUCUUCUAUCGCUUUUUAUUCUUUCUUUGCCUUUCUCUCUCAAGUCUCCGUUAACCCUUUUCGUUCUCUCUUUGCAUUCCGCCUUCGCUCUCUUUCCUUCCCUCUUCUCUCUCUCUGA